AUGAGCUGCGUCUCGAACAAAAGCGUUGUUGGCGACAAACACCGCUUCCCGCUGCGUUCCACCGAACGCGUCUGGACCGCCGAGCCCGACGUAUCGGUCAAAUGUUGCCACGCUAUCGCUAUCAGUGGUGACAUGGACCAAUUGAUCAAAUUCCUUCCGACUGCGGUCAUGCGCACGUUCAACCGUCACCCACGGCUGCGCGCACUGGUCGUCAAGGACGAGGAGUUCAUGGCCGAAAUUCAGCCGCAUAUCACGCUGGACGACGUCACGGCCAAAAAUCUGCUGCGUGUCCGUGAAAUUUCGGACUCGAACGAGGACGUCGCGGCCUGGAAGACCUGGAAUCAGUUCGUACAGACCGAGACGCACAUCCCGUUCGACCGGUUCACACAGUUCAUGUUCUACCUCACUGUAUGGGUUAACCGGUCGGAGAACAAAGCUCGUUUCUUCCUCUUCUCGGACCACAUCAUGUCGGACGGCUACUCGGGCCAGAUCUUCGUCAACGACACGCUCGAAGACGUCGCAUUGCUGUCGAUUGAGGCGGCUAAACCGGUGAACGAGUUCCCGCUGCGACCGUCACUCUACGACAUGUGGUUCACCGGCGGCCCGUGGUGGCUCAAGCCGGUUGCCAAGAUCGUGUUAGCGCUUAUUGGUGGUUCCGCUUUCGUCAACUUCAUGAAGGGUUUCAAGCCCGUUCUGACCCCGCGUGAGGAUCAGAAGGACUUUGGACCAAAGUCUGGUAUCCCGUUCGAACAGAACAGUACCACGCUACUCAGCCAGGCCGGUAACCCGACCAACAUGCGCGAUACUCUGCGCAAAUGCAAAGAAGAGGGCGUCACAGUGGGUGGAGCUCUGAUUCCGAUGUUGGUGCUGGCCUUCUACCACGCCAGCAAGGUCGACCAUAAACUCAACGGCGUGGACGAGACCGACGGCCCGUUCCGGUUGGUGGCCGAUAUGUGCUACAACAUGCGUCAACGUGUACCAAAACCCGCAGAAGAGCGACAAGUGGGUAUGUAUGUGGCCAUUAAUCCUCUCCAGUGGCUGGCGACCGAUGGUGUUAACAUGAAGACGGAGAAGUUCUGGAACUUGGCUCGCACUUCGAAGCAGCAGAUGGUUUCGCAAGGCGAUAAACUACUGGAGAUGGCUAUGCCGUGCUUCCUUUUGGAUCGCAAGCUCAUCAAACCAAAAUUCGGAGAGAUGCUUGGCGAUGUUAAAAUCCCUAGCUCCUGCACAGGUGACGCAACUAUCUCCAGCAUCGGACGCUACAUCUACAAGUCGAAGCAUAACUUGGCCUCUAACGGCGUGCUUGAGGUGGAGGACAUGUUCGUCUUCUGUGGUGUCCCGCUCGUGGCUCCGUCGUCGAUUAUUUGGCUAUCCACCGUCAACUCGUUCAACUACUCGCUGGCCCACAAGGUGGACGAGAAGGUUGGCAGUGCGUUGUUUAACGCUUACGUCAAGAUCUGCGAGAACGCUAGCAGCAUCAACAAGGAUGACACAAUGGAGGACGUACUCAAGCGUCUUGACAUCCAUGCCUAAAACUACUAUAAAUGAAAAUAUUCUUACAAUUACUUUAAGCUUCA